AAUCUUGCAGUACGUGUGACGCUCCUUCGCCGACCGUCCGGCUUUUCGCGUUUCCCGAGCGGCCCUCUGUGCGACUUUUUGUGUUUCUUGCGCGAUCUCUGUGAGAGGAAAGGAUUGAGCGACGUCGGAAAAUCCGCUCUGGAAGGCGGGUUGUCGCGGAUGAAGGAAAAAUCUGAGUGGAAAUUGUCGAAACACAAAUGACUCCGGCAAUUCAGUGAGGUAUCAGGAGAAAUCGGAGAAAACGCAGUGUCAAGAUGAAAUUCUCCCGAGGGCGGGCAUCUCACAUCUGGCCUCACUAACUUGCGUUUCAACAAAGAUGGAUAAGGAGCUGCCAGCGCCGGGGAUGUAUUCUCAAUAAAAUUACGAUCAGCGCCAGGAUGGAGCCAGAAGAAGUGGACGCAGACACGAGGCAUGCCCAACGAUGAACCCCCCACCCCCCCAAAAAUGCAUAUCGCCCCCGUGAUCUUCGUCGUGGUAGGCUUCUGCUUGAACACAGCCAUGUCAGUCUGCCCCUCGUUGUGCGAGUGCAAGUGGAAGAGCGGCAAGGAAACCGUCAUCUGUCUGAACGCCAACCUAUCGCACGUUCCCCUGCACCUAGAUUCGGGCACCCAAGUGAUCAACCUCACCGGUAACAACUUCCCGGUGUUGAAGGACGAGGAGUUCAGCAGAGCCGGCCUCCUGAACCUCCAGAAGAUCUUCCUGUCGAGAUGUCGACUGCGCGCGUUGCAGCAAUACGCGUUCAAGAACCUCAAGAACCUGGUGGAGCUGGAUUUGAGCGUCAACUUCUUGAGUGCCAUCCCUUCGCAUACCUUCGAUUCGAUCUACGAGCUCAGGGAGUUGAAGUUGACGGAUAAUCCGAUACAGAGACUGACGAACGAAGCUUUUAUAAGCGUGCCGCAGUUGAUGAGGUUGGAGCUCAACGAUUGCAAGAUAACAGAGGUGGAACCAAGGGCUUUUGUUGGUCUGGAGAGGUCCCUGGAGUGGUUGAAGCUGGAUGGUAAUAAACUGACGGGUAUUGAGGCAGCUUCCUUGACCAGACUGGAGAAUCUACAUGGGUUGGAACUGGCAGGGAACUCCUGGAACUGCUCUUGCGCCCUCCGACCCCUUCGAGAUUGGAUGUUGAGGGCAAACGUGCCAUUCGGCGUGCCUCCUCUUUGCUCCAGUCCCAGCCGCCUCAAAGGAAAAUCCUGGGAGAAACUGGAUCUGGACGAAUUCGCUUGCGUUCCCGAGAUAGCGCCCAGCGAUACCGUAACCCACGGUGUGGAAGGGAAAAACGUGACCAUAACCUGUAGAAUAGCCGGGAUACCAGAACCGAACGUCCGGUGGACCCUUAGGAAUAAAUUAAUCGCGAACUUAACCGGACCUUCGUAUGCCAACGGUAAGAAAAUGUACGUGAUGCAAGUGCAGAACGAUUCGAGUGACUUGACUAUAUUCAGUGCCGAUGUCCAAGACGCUGGGGUGUAUGUGUGUUCCGCCGAAAACAAAGCGGGUAGGGUGGAGGCCAGUGUUACUUUAGCGGUAUCUCGAAGACCCCCAGAUCAAACCAUAAGUGUCAAAGUCUUGCUGCUAAGCGCCUCCGUAGGUAUCAUGAUGGUAAUCACGCUGUGUUCAGUGAGUUUGUGCCUCUGUUCGAGGAAGAAAACGGGCAAGUGGAGGACUCGGGAGUGUGCGAGGGAAGAGAAUUACGAAAAGAUCGAACUCAACCAUAAGGUGAGCGAUAAGAAUGGUGGGGUGCAGAAGGGGGAGAUCUCUGUGGUGAAUAGGAGGAACGGUGAUUACAGUGUUGUUCCCGCUGCAGACACCGAUCAGGAAUUGGAGGAUGAGGAGACGUCUACCUUGGAUAUAGCGUCGAGGUCCUCGCAGUGGGACAAAGAGAAGAAAUGGGGCUCUCCUGAUAAUUUGCAGAAUAUGGAUAUGCAGAUUCCUAGGCAGAAUCCUGCUGGUACAAGAGACGAUCACCCUCAGAUCACCACUUCAACGUCUGGUACAUUUAAUAAAUCCAAGGACGUCUCACCCUCCCCAAUAACCCAUUGCUACUCCCAGAUGACCAGGGGAUCUCCAGAGGGCGAUGGCAUCCCCUCCAGCUGCGCCUCCACAACCAGGCCUUCGAAGGCACCGGCGGAACCUCCCAGAAGAUUCCCGGACAUCGUAGGCACCGGCUCCACGAACCCCUUCACCUACACCACCCUCGGUGAGAAGAGGGGCGCGAACAGCGAGGGCGGUAGCGUGAACGAUAUCUCGGAACUUUUUUGUACUUUACCCAGAAAAACCAGAAGGUACAGGAGCACCGACAGCGAAGCUCCCCUUUUAUCUGACAGUAGAUACGUGAGCAGCGGCGGGGAAAGUUACGGAAGUCAAGAAUCGUCCGGUCUCAGGAAAUUCGGCGAUUCCUACAGGUACACGGCGAACCUGAACAAGAACAGGGAGAAGAUCUCGAACAGUUACCUCAACCUGUGCCGGGUGGAGCGACCCGCCGGCUCCCAGGAAUACAAAGCCACCCCUUUGCUCAACGUUUCCGGCCUGGAGAAUAGACCCGCGAGACCGGAAAUGUUCUCGCCCACUUCCGGUACGCCCAACGCCAACAGCUACGACUAUCACGCGACGCAAUUAGAGCGUUUCUUGGAGGAGUAUCGGAAUUUGCAGAAGCAAUUAACGAAGAUGAAGGAGACCUGCGACAAUCUGCGACACGACACGAACUAUCUGAAAUCCGUGUCGAGGACCAGCUCUAGCGACGACGUUAAAAGGUCGAAACGGGCGGGUUCGGUUGACGGGGGUUGUUCGCCCAAUUCCAAUCGACCGAUGGGGAAUUCGAUGGAUUUCGGCAAGGUUCAGAGCGACCUGACCAAGUAUCUGCUGACGAAGAGUUCCUCGCCCAAGCCGUACGCCACAAGCGGCAUGUUUAAUAAUUGAGGCGGUUUUUGAGCUUUAAUUCCGAUCAUUUCUUGAAUUCUUUAAGAGCCAAACGAAUGGAGAACGUUAUAUGUCCCGAAAGUCACCAAUAGUUCAAUAUACACGACAACCACGACGUGAGACACAGACAAAUUGAACGAUCGACCAACUCAACUGCUAGAGAAUGUCAUCAACGCUUACGCUGCUACAUUCUCUAGACUCUAGAGAGCCCAAUCUUAUCUUACCUAACCUAAGGUGACAAAACAUCAACUAAAAAUAAGUAAAAGAUAAAUAAUUUUUUUCCAAAAAUAAUUAACUUGACUUUGUUGGAAGAUAUUGCAGAAUCUAUUCAUUUUAUCAAUUCUUUGGCUAUUGACUGGUUUUUCAAUUAAUCAAUUCGUCAUUUCGAGACAAUGCAAAUGGAGAUAUUCAGAAGAUCCGAAUAGGUUGUUGGUUUAAUUAACGUGAACUUUCUAAACCACAGCUUGAAAAGACAGAUGUAUCAAUUCUACUCGUUUUUCGACUCAGGCAAAAACAAUUCAAUAACAAAAUGGUCAAACAAAAAAAUUAUACUCAUCGAAAAUAAAAUUAUCGAAACAAAAAACUUCGUGGAUUUCCAAAAGCCAAUUAGGAAUCUACCGAAAAAAAAAUUUCCUCCAAAAUGAAUUGGUUGAACAUUCUGUUAUAUGAACAAAAUUUUCAGAGUUCCACACAACAAGCAUAAAUAUAUGAUGAAACACGAUGUAUGUCCCCAUAUUACAAAACGUUUCGAUUAUUUUCAAGAACCUCCCCUAACGUAUAAGAUCGAGAGUCCCACGUUUUCAAAUUUGUAAUGCGGAAUCGAAAAUGCAAUUAAAAUAAAACUGAAGCUUCGAUAGUUUCUGAUAGGAAAAAAGUUAUCGCUGGAAAAUCAUAGAUACGAUCGCAUAUUCGUAUUUGAAUAUUGUAAUUGAAAUGUAAAUAUUUGUAUAUUCAUGUCCCACAUAAAUGUUAUUUUUGUUCAAUAUUGAAUGUUGAUGAGAGGUACUAGGCAACAUUUGUGAUACCAUUGUUGUAGAUUAUUACGAUAAAUGUAAUUCAUUCAUCCCAGAUUUUACCUAUUUGAGACAUAUCUUUGUAAAAUUUAUGGAUUACCGAUGUCAAUAAACUUUUGUUUUUUGC